UUUGUACAUCAUCAUGAUCAUACCACUGCAUACAUGUACUUUGUUAUGAUAGAAAUACAUCAAAUUCGUUUAUUUAAUGUUUUCGAUGUACGGUUUAUAUUCCCUGAGAGUCCGUUAAUUCAAGAAAUAUUAUGUCACAAGUCUUAUGGUUUGUAGUUGUGGCCACCCUGUGGGGUGGAACAAAUCCUCUCAUAAAAAGAGAAAGUCAAGGAGUUGAAAGAAUAAGAAGAAAUAGCAAAGUUAAGCAGAUUCUUGCAGAGCUCUAUUUCCUAUUUUCUAACUGGAAGUACUGUAUGGCAUUUCUUCUGAAUCAAUCUGGAUCUGUGUUAUUUUACCUGACUCUAGCUUCAGUUGAGUUGUCCUUAGCUGUUCCUGUGACGAAUUCUCUCACUUUUAUAUUUACUAUGUUAUCUGGUCAUUUCUUGGGAGAAAAGAUUCAGAGUUUAGAAACAUUCAUUGGAGUGGCUAUGGUUGUAUUAGGAGUAGCAUUGUGUGUUUCAAAUAAGGUUUAAAGAGGUAUAAAUCUGAUUGUAUGAUUAUCCUUGCGCUGAGAUCUGUAGUUACCAUGGAGAUUCAGAAAUGGAACAGUUUCAGAAAAGCUUCUGGCUGAAGGAUUCUGGCAGCUGGCUCUUGUUCACUGAUACAGGGAUGAC